GUUGGGCAGGCUUCCCUUACGCUUGAGCUCAAUUCGCCCAAUGAGGGGCGAGCUUCGCGAGAGCUGUCGGGAAAGGCGGCUGCCUAUAUAAGCGGCUUACGGGGCGUUCCUCCGCGUUUCGGUAGCAGUGCGGGCGGUAGGAGGAGGUGGGCUUGGAGGGCGGCCUGCCCUAGCUGAGCCUGCAUCUCGGGGACAAUGGCGGAAGGCGAUAAUCGUAGCACCAACCUGCUGGCUGUGGAGACUGCGAGUCUGGAAGAGCAGCUGCAAGGAUGGGGAGAAGUGAUGCUGGUGGCUGAUAAAGUCCUCAGAUGGGAGAAAGCCUGGUUUCCACCUGCCAUCGUGGGUGUGGUUUCUCUGGUGUUUCUGAUUAUCUAUUAUCUAGAUCCAUCUGUUCUGUCCGGCGUUUCCUGUUUUGUUAUGUUUUUGUGCUUGGCUGAUUACCUUGUUCCCAUUCUAGCGCCUAGAAUUUUUGGCUCCAAUAAAUGGACCACUGAACAACAGCAAAGAUUCCAUGAAAUUUGCAGCAAUGUAGUAAAGACUAGACGCAGAGCUGUGGGCUGGUGGAAACGCCUCUUUACACUAAAGGAAGAAAAGCCUAAAAUGUACUUCGUGACCAUGAUCAUUUCUCUUGCCGCGGUUGCUUGGGUGGGACAGCAAGUCCAUAAUCUGCUUCUCACCUGUCUGAUAGUGACUUUCUUACUGUUGCUUCCUGGACUGAACCAACAUGGAAUCAUUUCGAAGUAUAUUGGAAUGGCCAAAAGGGAGAUAAACAAGCUUCUGAAACAAAAAGAAAAGAAAAAUGAAUAAUACAUCUGUUUUAUUCAGUGUGGUUAAUGAGUAUGCAUUGCCCUGGGAAUAGUUUCUACUGUGCUGUGUGGAUACUGAAAUGCUACAGAAGUAGCUCUUUGCUUUCCCGCACUCUUCCCUUAGUAGAAAUUCACACUUGCCAGUAAUGCUUUGUGCAGUGUCUUUGUUAAUUGUAGCUGGGUGCAUUCUCAUCAGUUGGCCUUAAUUGGACAACUCACUAGGAAGUAAGGCUUGUUUUGAUUUUUCUCACCCAGGGUUAACUAAAUUCUUACUUUUGACAACUUCUUUUAAAAUAAUACAGUGGUGAACUUUACUCUUUAGUACAGUUAACAGUGACUUUGGACAGUUGUUUGGGUUGAUGUUUGCUUUAGCUAGAUAGAAGGUAGCAGUCUGUGGCUCUAGGAAGCUGGUUCUACUGUCUGCUUCCACAGUCUGCUUAAAAAACAGACUUCAUGAAUAUAAAGACCAAGUUUACCACACCUGAUGAAGAGACCAGUUAGAAGUCAUUCCUCAGACUGUUUCUUUACCACUGGAGAAGAAUCUAUGGAAUAAAGUGAAAUUGAUUCCAUGCCCUAGUACAUAUAGGUUUCUCCUUUUUGCAAAACAGUAAUCUCUAGGAAGUAUCGAUCCUUUGUCUUACAUGGGGAAUCAGACAGGUGUAGAGCUCUUGUUCCCCUGCCCUACUUCAUCAGUGAAUCCUUAAAGGCUUUUUAAUAGCACAUUUCCAAAAGACUGUAUUUUAGGAUAUUUAGCAUACUUUUCAUUUUGGGUUUUUACAGCAUACACAGUAGGUUAAGAUGCAAGUCUGUGACCUUUAUUCCAAUAACAGCCAGUAAAGGACAAAAGUCUUCCUAUGGUUAGUCAAGAUUCAUUGCAGUAGAAAAUAAAAUAACUAAUUUCUAAGAUCAGAAAAAGCCUUCAAAGGUAGGCCCUACAAUUCUUUCUCAUUUUACAGUAAUACUGGCUAUAUUUUGAUUGCCAUAGGUUUUGCAUUGGACAUAGUGACUACACUGGCAUUUGACUUUUUUCCUCAGUAUUUCUCAAGGGCUGUUGGUGAGAGCAGGGUUGUGAUGACAGAUAGGCCUCUGGCCCACAUAGAUUUUAUAAGUCCUUGGAAAACUCCUUAUAGUCAUUCUUUCCCUCUUAGUAGCUGGAAACUUAGAAUAGCUGGCAUCUGUAAGAAUGAACCUUUGAGGGCCAAAAAUGUGACAUAUUUGGGAACAAUUCUUAAACUCCUUAACUAGCUGUAAUAUAGUUCUGUGAAUUCAUUGCGCUGAUGCUGUAAAACCUUGUGGUAUAUCUGUCCCCAAAUAAGUAUUGUUUUCUUCCCUUUGAUAUUGCUGUAAACAGUGGGAUGCAUUGUAUGUUUAAUUUUUUAAAAAAAAUUUUCAUACGGCUACCUUAAUUUUACAUGUGUUUCCUCAGUGUAAAUAAGCCUGUCUUAUCUGGAUUUUUUUUUUGUGAAUGUGUGUUCUACCAGUUAACUACCCUGGCAGUUUUAAUCCUGUAUUAUUUCUCCUUUGUUUUGUGUGAAAGGGAAAAAUAAAAGCUGGAAUCUCU